AUGUCGUCUUCUCUGAAACCAAACAUUGGAGUGUACACCAACCCUGCACAUGACCUAUGGGUUGCAGAUACUCUACCCGACGCUCAGAAUAUCGAGAAGGGGGAGUCUUUGCAGCCUGGCGAAGUCACCGUUUGCAUCAAGACUACCGGUAUUUGCGGGUCUGAUGUUCAUUUCUGGCAUGCUGGCUGUAUAGGACCUAUGAUUGUCGAAGGCAAUCAUGUCCUCGGCCACGAAAGCGCCGGCAUCAUUUUGGCAGCCCAUCCAUCCGUCACACACCUCAAAGUCGGAGACAGAGUGGCUAUCGAGCCAGGUCUAAUCUGCAAUGAAUGCGAACCUUGCCUCACGGGUCGAUAUAACGGCUGCGAGAAAAUGAAAUUCAUGUCCACGCCUCCCUAUCCCGGGCUACUCCGCAGGUACCUCAAUCAUCCAGCUAUCUGGUGCCACAAAAUUGGCGACAUGUCGUUUGAAGAGGGUGCACUUCUUGAGCCUUUGAGUGUUACUUUGGCUGCAAUGGAAAGGAGCGGUGUUAGGCUGGGCGAUCCUGUGCUUGUUUGUGGUGCUGGCCCUAUUGGUCUUACUACGCUUCUAUGCUGCCGCGCAGCGGGUGCAGAGCCGAUUGUGAUUACGGAUAUCGAUGAAGGACGACUGAAGAUCGCAAAAUCACUCGUACCAUCUGUGAAAACUGUUAAAAUUGAGCGAAAAUCUCCAGAAGACUGCUCCAAGGAUAUCGUGUCGGCCAUGGGUGGUAUUGAGCCCGCUAUCACUAUAGAAUGUACCGGGGUAGAAAGCAGUAUCUCAGCUGCGAUCUGGGCUUCCAAGUUUGGAGGAAAGGUCUUUGUUAUUGGAGUUGGGAAGAACGAGAUGAAUAUUCCGUUCAUGCGACUGAGUACGCGCGAGGUGGACUUACAGUUUCAAUAUCGUUACUCCAAUACGUGGCCGAGGGCAAUCCGGCUAAUGCAGAGUGGGAUCAUCGAUAUGAAUAAGCUUGUUACGCAUCGUUUUAAGUUGGAAGAUGCAGUAAAGGCAUUUGAGACAUCCGCGGAUCCUAAGACGGGGGCUAUUAAGGUGCUGAUUGUCAAUGAGGAUUGA